AAAUUUGUCACUGAUUACAUAGAGUUAACGUGCGAAGCGAAAAAAUAAAUAAAUAAAAAUAUUCAACAUGAAGUUUUUUCUAUUGCUUGUGAUUGUUGCUGCCUUUUUGGCCAACUGCCUGGCCCUAAAAAAUGAUAUCUGCGGUCAGCCCCACUCGCGUAAUGGGGACGGAGUCGCCGUCUGCCUGGCCUAUAUGCCUAGAUGGACCUACGAUGCGGCGGCCAAUGAGUGCAUUAAAUUCAUCUAUGGAGGCUGUGGAGGCAAUAAGAACCAGUUUCCCGACCAGGAGAAAUGCGAGGCAGCCUGCCUUGAAUGAGUUUUUAUAUUGUAAUAUUUUAUGUGCAUUCUAAUAAACAAUCAAUGAGUUCCAAAAUGCCGAAA